AUGAAGAUAAUGGAGAAAAAGAUUACAUUAUUUAAAAUGGACAUUCCUCAAAGAGCCCAGCACUUUUUAGAAUGUGGCACUGAAGAGUGUGAUAGAAAUUGUGAGUUCUAUUGCAACCCUUGUCAUCAAAGAUUGUGUAAACAAUGCAGAGAUGAACAUCUGAAAAGACCACAGAACAAGAACCAUGAGGUGGUCCUUUACCAGCAACACAAACGACAGCUUCCUGUGGAGAAAUGCAAGAUCCACCCUACUAAAGAUGUGGACAUGCUCUGUGAAGAAUGUCAGGUUCCAGUAUGUUCUAAAUGUGUAACUCAGCAAAACCAUCGAGGGCAUAUAUUUACUGAUCUAGAAACAAUUUAUGCCAAAAAAUAUGCAAUCUUUCAAGAAGAAAUUUCAAAGAUUCAUCAGUAUUUUCUCCCCAUAUCUAAAGAUUUACAGAAGGAAAUAAAACAAGAUGCAGCUGAAAUUAAACACAUCAUGGACAACAUUAGAACAUCGAUGAAGACUGAAGGUGAGACCCUGAAAAGUUUGGUGGACACAGUCAUAUCUGAGAACAUGAAGCAGUUAGACCAGAUAGAGCAAUCACUGUUAGAAGAUCUAAACACCCAAGACAAGACCAUGGAUGAUUACAUCACUUAUCUCAAUAACCUUGUCAAAGAGCUCCACAAAUGCCUGUCCUCUACAGAAACCCAGAAAUUAAUGUCUGAGAAGAAACCAAAGAUCCCAUCCAUACCAGAGACAACAAAACCAGUCACACCAAGAUUUACUGCUGGUCAGUACAACAAAAGUGAUGUCACCAAAUUACUUGGUAAAAUACAGGUCACCAACACUAAAGCACAGAAGAGAGAAAUAAGGCCCAUUGAAAGUGUCUACAAUACAGCAAUGAAACCUACACAUAAACAGAUGAAAGAAGGCAAAACAAAAUCUGACAAGAAACAAACAUUGUCUCUAUCUGCCUCUGUCACCAAGGUCAGGGAGUUCAAUGUACCAGGUGUUGAUGAUGUACGUCAUGUAUCACUAGAUCAAUCAGAAAGACUCUGGAUCAGUGACAGUGAGGGUAAUCUUGUCCAAACAGAUCUACAGGGAAAUGUGAUACAGAAGAUAGAAACCAGUGGUGGAUACGGUUACCACACAGUCACACAGGACAGGGAUCUCAUCUUUACAAACAAAGAGAAGAACGUCAUCAAUAGGAUAACACAGGAUAAUACUGUCACUGAAUUCAUUAAAACUGGAGACUGGUCACCACUCAGCAUACACUCCUCCCACAUCAACAGGGACUUACUGGUGGGGAUGAUGAAGGAUUCAGAGGCUAUAGUCACCAGGUACAACAAGACAGGAAAAGAACUACAGAACAUACUGAGGGAUAACAAAGGACAGGAACUGUAUAGUUAUCCACACUACAUCACAGAAAACAUCAAUGGAGAUAUCUGUACAUCAGACUUAAAUAGAAAAGCAGUAGUGGUGGUGAAUAAAUCAGGACAACACAGGUUCUCCUACAGAAAUCAGAAGUCAGAGUUCCGUCCCUAUGGAAUCUGUACUGAUGUCCUCGGUCACAUCCUGGUGUGUGAUGUUAUCAGUGAAACUGUUCACCUCCUUGAUCAGGACGGUCAGUUCUUGUCUAGAUUACUCACAAAACAACAAAAGAUAUACACUCCCCGUAGUGUGUGUAUGGAUGAUGAGAACAAUCUCUAUGUGGGACAAUGUAACACAAACACACUGACAGUGUACAAGUAUCUCCAAUGAUUCUAUUCUGACAUAAAACAUAUCAUGUGAAGUAUAUACCACCAGACAUAAAAUGUUGAUCUAUUUACCUGUCCUACAUCUACCUUUAUCGAUGUAAUUGUUUGGAAUUGUUAUUAUAAUAUUUACAAAUACUGAUUCAGAAGUGUAUAAAGUAUAGAUAAUAUACUUAUAUGGAUUUUACAAAUGCACAUAGUUGAGGGUAACAUUGAAAAUUUUCACAGUCCCACAUAAAACUGUGUCAAGCAAUGUUGACUGUUGCUACACUGGAGAGCAUGCAGCUUCAUCAUCAGUGGGCAAGUGUUUUUAACAAAUAUUUCUUGAUGAAUGAGAUUCAACUUAUUUAUAAAUGAAAGUAUACCAUUAUUGUGAAACAUUGAUAUACACUGAUAUAACUUCUGUUAUUACGGUUGUAUUAUUGAGUGGUAAAUUUGAACUCAUAAA